AUGUCGAUGCUUAGGACAAUUAAGCCCAAAAAUGCUCGGGUCAAGCGAGCUCUUGAGAAGCGAGAACCUCAAAUUGAAGAAGGAGACAAGACUGCAAUCUUUGUCCGGGGCAACUCGACCUCUGAGCGAGUGAGAUUGGCCAUGCAGGAUCUGUACGCUCUCAAACGACCUCAUGCUAUAUCAUUUUCUCGGAAGAACGAUAUCCACCCUUUUGAGGAUGCCUCUUCGCUUGAAUUCUUCUCUGGAAAGAACGAUGCUAGCUUGUUCUUGACUGGGCUCCAUUCAAAGAAACGACCACAUGAUCUCAUUUUCACGCGAAUGUUCGAUGGGAAAGUCCUGGAUAUGAUUGAGCUGGGUAUAGAGGAGAUCAAGUCGAUCAAAGAGUUCGAGAGCCCCAAAUCAUCUGUCGGCGCACGACCGUUGGUGGUAUUCCACUCGGACCUCUUUGACACACAUCCCACAUAUCAACUGCUCAAGUCGAUUCUUCUGGACUUUUUCGGUGGGAAGGCCGUCUCCGAAGUUCCAGUCACAGCAGUAGAGCAUGUCAUAUCCAUCACCGCCGGUCCACUCGCUUCCUCCUCUUCUGCUUCUGAUUCCGCUUCUCUCCCCCACGUCCAUUUCAGAGUCUACACCAUGAAAGCUUUACCGUCUGGCGGAGGCAAACCCCGGGCGGAGCUUGUGGAGAUGGGACCGUCUUUGGACCUCAGUGUUCGUCGAGUUCAGGAAGCAAACGAGGACACCUGGAAGAUGGCUACGAAACGACCCAAGGUCGCAAAGAAAGAUGUUGAAAAGGGUCUCGGGAAGAAGAGAAAGAACAUCGAAACGGAUGAGAUGGGUGACAAGGUCGGAAGGAUACAUCUGGAAAAGCAAGAUCUUGGCAAACUGCAGAGUCGCAAAGUCAAGGCUUUCAAAACAGGCAAGGGAAGUGCAAAGGUGCAGGAGGAUUAG